GCAGCGCUGACGCUAUCGCGUUACCGCUCACAUGCCUCGAGCUGUCUGUCUCAACGGUCGUUGCUCGGAUGCUGUCGCUUUGUAGUUUUUGUACGUUUGUUGUUUUGUUUUUUUAUCGGUGAAGAAGACUGACUUUUCUCAGCAAGGAUACACAUGACCGAGACAAUUUUAGUUUUGGAACUGCGAGUCGAGUUUAAUUGGUAGCUGAAUCGGUAGCUGCUUGGCUACUAAGCAGUGAAAAACGAGAAGCUCUAUGAAACGGUCGUUGGUUUUUCAGAGGACUGCUUCUGUUUUUCUGAUGAGGUCGACUGUCCAUACACGGACUACCCCACACCUCGGAACAGGUAGGCCUAUUGUUAUUUAAAACAGUUACUACAACUUGCAACGCGACAUGGCGAACAACGACUACGAGAAGAGGAAAGUGGAUCUAUCCGACGACGGGCAAAUUGACUCUGGUAUUGACUCGUACAGAUCUUUAAAUAAGGAUUACCAGUCUGUUCCAGCCGCGCAAGACCCAAAAGCCGAGGACAGUGAGCGCGAGGACGGCGAGGGCAACGACGACAAAUUGGACAAUGCGAGCGGGGAGCGAGUGGACUCAGCGUACAGCUCGUCAUCUCUCAUAACUGACAGUCUAAACGAGAUUAUCCAAAGUUGCAGCAUUUCAGAAAAACCUGCAGCAGAAAGCCCAGAGUCGUACAGUGAACAGGAAGUGAGCCUACUAACCACCGUCACCGAGGAUGGAGACACAAUCUUGCACCUUGCAAUAAUCCACAAAGAAGAAGAUUUUGCUCAUCAGCUGAUUGAGCUCUUUCCCAAGGAGGUCCUGGACAUUCAGAACAACUUGUACCAGACGCCCCUCCACCUGGCCACCUACCUGGACAGCCCUGCGGUGGUGCAGCGGCUCCUGCAGAAGCAGGCCGGCCUGGCCCUGCAGGACCAGGAGGGCAACACGGCGCUGCACGUGGCCUGCCAGCAGGGCCGGUCCGAAUGCGCCACGCUCAUCACCAGCCUGGCGCCGCCCCGCCUGCUCCGCGUCGCCAUGGAGACCCAGAACUGGAGAGGUCAAACCUGUCUUCACUUGGCGACGCAGCGCAGGAACCUCCGUAUGGUCAAACUGCUGCUGAAGAAAGGAGCCCAACUUAACGUACAGGAUGGGACGAGUGGUAAGACAGCGCUGCACUUGGCGGUGGAGCUGCAGGACGUGGAGCUGGCGCGGCUGCUUCUGAACCGCGGGGCGAACGUGGACGCGGCCAUGUUCAACGGCUGCACCGCCCUGCACCUGGCCGUCGGCCGGCACCACGGCCCCACCACACGCCUGCUCUGCCAGUCCGGCGCCGACCGCAUGCUCAAGAACACGGAGGACGAGACGGCACUCGACCUCGCAGACGGAAACGAGAACAUCCUGGCCAUUUUUCCUUUCGAUGACAUCCAGAUCUCCGGACGGUCCGUCGUGGAGAUGAAGUUCUGAGGGACGUGUGUUUGUACAGAGCUUUCAAAGCCCAGCGCUGCAACACUGUGUGUUACAGUGAGUGUUGAAUUCAGUGUAGAAUUCCUGUGAUGUGUAGAAGUAGGCAUUGGACUAGUGAUGAGUGUAGAAUCUGGCAUUGGACUGUGUGGGAUUCUGACCUGAAAUGGCAGCUGAGUGCAGACACACUCACAUACACUCUCACACACACACUCACACACACACACACUCACACACACACUCACACAUACACACUCUCACACACACACACUCUCACACACACACACUCUCACACACACACACACACUCUCACACUCACACAUACACACUCUCACACACACACACACACACACACACGCACACACACACACACACACUCUCACACACACACACUCUCACACACACACGCACACGCACACACUCAGUGUCCUAAAAAAGCUCGACACGCUCCCAGGCUCUCAUCACGGUUUUGGCAGAGACGAGUGGGAGGUUGGGAUGUAGAAACCCCCUUUUCUUAUUUUUAGUUUUGCGCAUGGCUGUAGGACAGACUGAACCCCCCACCCCCCACUCUCAUGUCUCAAACGUCAUCCGACACAAAACAUUUGCACAAACAAUGUACGCUCUCUGCAGCCCAUUCGUACUCUGAAUCAUUAGGUUACAGAUUAAAGUUUCCAGCCCCUGUGAAGGACCAUUUUACUCCCCUGUCUCCUCCACCAGAGGCUGGCGUAUUACGGACUCAUUUUGAGAGUGUUCUCUGAGCAUGAGUAAAUGGGCCUGCGGUGUGCCACAGUCGCAGAAGUCAACAGGGUGGGCAUUCGCUUGACUGCAGUUUCAGGUCUGUCAACAAACUCUGAAAAUGGAGAAUGCCGUCGGCUAGCUGUCCGUUGUUUGUUUUUGAAAGGUCAGUGACACUAAAAAAAAAAAAAAUUUCCAGUUUAAAGAUCUCUGCCUCUGUUUGUGAAUCAAAAAGUAAUGACAUAGUAAUGAUUUAGUUUUGAGAGUCAAGGUACAAAAUUCAAAUGUAUAUUUAUAAUUGAACAAAUAUAUUUUAAGCAAAUGAAAAUGCUUUAAAAUGUUUUCUCCACUGGGCUGUAAUAGUAGAUAUAGUAGCAGUAGCUCUAAUAGAAUGUAGUUUUUUUUUUUGUUGAUUUUAUUUUUUGCUAAUGUGCUAACAGAGGCAAUAAUCUGUUGAUGUACUCUUUUCCAGCUUUAAUUCAAUUAAAUUUUUCUAAUAAAUGUAUUUAAUAUACAUUGGCUCUUUCUGUGUUGUUUUUCAUUUCCUGUAAUAAAACUGUAACUGUAUUAAAAUAUUUCUAUUUAUAUUUUGUACAUAUUAAACCUUUUGAGGCUGCAUUUGA